UUAGUCUCAACUUGUUCCCCAAAUCAAAUUAAAUCGUCCCUUUUGCCUUUGAAUAAUCAACCCAACAAUCAUUUGAGCUCAAGCUUCUAAUAGUUACAAGAAGAAGCUGGCAUUUGUCAUUUGACAGCUGCAAUGCAUAUUUGAUGUGUAGUACAGUAAUUUUCUACCACUAGAAAAAUCUUGGCGUAGGUCAAGUGUGUAUUAGAGAGGGGAGGGGAAGCAAGUAACUGGAAAGCAGUUCAGUUUCUUCAUCUUUGUUGGUUGAGUUGUCUUCAGCAAGAAGGAAAACAAUCAGCAAAUGGAUAGGAGGAAUGAUGGAUUUCCUCUCGAGAGAACAUUACCAAAUCCGCCUCCAUUGCCUGUGGCUUGGAACUCACCAAUAAUGCGAAGAAACUGCUCCAAUUUUACUGCUGCAAAGAAUAUGUGGGAUUGCCUCUUUGAUGAAGGUUACAGAGCUGAUGUCUCAAUUAAUACAGAUAACGGUGGCACCAUCUAUGCACAUGCUAGUAUUCUGGGUAUGGCUUCUCUAGUAUUCAAAAGCAUGUUGAACCUGAAUCAGUCAAGAACUCACGGUUGUAGAGGUCAUCAACGAUCAAUCUCUAUACGUGGGGUUCCACCUGAAGCUGUUCAGAUUUUCAUUCGGUUUUUGUAUUCUGCCAGCUAUGAAGAAGAUAAAAUGCAGGAACAUGCGCUGAAUCUAUUGGUGCUCUCACAUGCAUAUGUAGUGCCUCAUCUAAAGCGAGAAUGUGAGCGGCAGCUGCUGGAGCGAGGAUUGAUAACUACGGACAAUGUGGUUGACAUCUUUCAGCUUGCACUUUUAUGUGAUGCCCCGCGCCUUAGCCUCUUUUGUCACCGUUUUAUGUUGAAACGUUUCAAGGCUAUAUCUUCCACACAAGGAUGGGAAGCCAUGAAAAAAAGCCACCCUGUGCUUGAAAAACAGAUUUUGAAAUCUGUAAAUGAUGAGGAUAUUAGGAAGAAGGAAAGAGUGAGAAAAAUGAAUGAGAGAAAAGUGUAUGUGCAACUAUAUGAGGCAAUGGAAGCUCUGGUUCACAUAUGCAAAGAUGGUUGUCGAACUAUUGGUCCAUACGAUAAGGUCUUGAAAAAAGAUCAAACACCUUGUAAAUAUGCAGCAUGUAAAGGGCUAGAAUUGCUCAUUCGUCACUUUGCUGGAUGUAAGAUGAGAGUUUCCUGUGGCUGCAUUCACUGCAAGAGAAUGUGGCAAGUUUUGGAACUGCAUUCUCGCCUUUGUUCUGAUUCGGAUGUUUGUCGAGUUCCUUUAUGCAGAUUGACGUUUGAACAGGAAUUUCAAGCAGAGGAGGAGGAGACAGAAGAAGAAGGAUGAAAUAAAAUGGAGAAUAUUGGUGAGAAAGAUAGUAAGAUCCAAGAGCAUUUCAGGAAUAACGUUCUUCUCAUUAGGCUCCUCAUGAUCUGAUAAAAUGUGCAUAUAUUCAGUCCUGUCAAAGUCAGAAUUCAUCAAUAAUCUUCUUGGUCAUAUAAGCUUUGACACAGAUCUAGAUUUCUACUAUGUUAGACUAAUUAAUUAGAGCAGUAUUUUUGGCUUCACCAUAUUGAAGAUUAAUUUCAUGUAAUAUUGUUCAUUGAUUUUUCUUAUUGUAAUAAUAAAGUCGUAAAAUUAUUUUUGUCAACA